GCACGGAACAUAAUAUCUAAUCUCACACUCUGUUAAUAGAGUCUACUGAUUAAGCCAUUAGGCCAUAGGAAAAUAACACGCUGGUAACUCCUGUCCAAACCAAUGAUGUUCGUAGCAGUAACCUCCCAGAGUGCCCACACGCAAUCUCUGCAAGGGACCUAAAACCACCGUCGUACAACUGUGUCACUAUUAAAGAAAGGAAUUCCCACAAGCGUUGAAAAUGGACGCAAACAACCCACUGCAUAUUGUCACACCCCUAAUUCCUAGUGCAACCUUGUCGCAGCUAUGUGGGCGUCAAGUGUUACUCAAGCUAGAAAACUGCCAGCCAUCGGGAUCGUUUAAAAUCCGUGGGAUAGGAAACUUCGUUCAGAAGAGUAAAGAGAGAGGAUGCAAGCAGGUUGUUUCCUCUUCAGGUGGAAAUGCUGGCAUGGCGUCCGCAUACGUGGCAAAAAUGUUAGGGCUUCCAGCAACAAUUGUUAUUCCCGAGUCGACGCCGAAGCUCAUGAUUUCACGAUUAGAGGAAGAGGAGGCUAAAGUCAUGGUUCAUGGAAGAAUUUGGAAUCUUGCUCAUGAGAAGGCACUAGAAAUAGCAGCCACUGGAAAUUCUUGCCUAGUUCAUCCAUAUGACCAUGAAGAAAUUUGGGAAGGUCAUAGCACAAUUGUCACAGAGAUUCUUCAACAAAGUAAAGCAAAACCUGCUGCUAUUGUUUUGUCCGUGGGAGGUGGUGGCCUUCUCUGCGGUGUAUUAAAAGGCUUACACAAACAUGAUGUUGAUAUUCCUGUUGUUGCCAUGGAGACGCAAGGUGCUCAUGCCUUUAGUGCUGCAUUGAAAGCGGGGAAGCCUGUGUCUAUUGGGGAUAUUACAAGCAUUGCCAAGACUCUGGGUGCAUUGAUGGUGACUGAGGGUAUAUUUGAUCUAAUGCCAGGCCUUAGAGUGACAUCUCGUGUUAUCAGUGACAAAGAAGCAGUUGAAGCGUGUUCAAGAUUUGCUGAUGAGCAGCGGAUGUUGGUAGAACCGUCUUGUGGAGCAGCACUUGCAGCUGGAUAUUCAGGAAUAAUCAAAGAGCUCAUUUCAAACAGCACUCUUCCCGAUGAUGGACCAAUUGUCUUUGUAGUGUGUGGGGGUAAUGCUGUAACACUGGACAUGUUGGAAGGAUGGAAGAAACAGGUUAAUCUCUUGUAGACUAAUUGUAUGGUUAGUGAAGAUAUAAUUUUGAGAUCGUCUUGAGUAGUACAGUUUGAAACAUAAAGAAAAAAACAUGUUUAAUUUUUUUAAGAAAGAUUUUAACUCUGUGGAUAUGAAGUUCAUAGUUAACCACUGCCUUAGGUUUAGAAAAUAAUGGAUAUAUAUGAUGUUUAAACAACAUCAGGAAAGGAGGCCUGUGACAAAGAUAGAUUUAAACGAUAAGAUGUAAUGUUUUUUUAUUUUUUUCCUAUUCAUUGUUGUUUGAACUUUCUUAAAAGAUAGUCACAGUAAUUGUUAGCCACGAGUAAAGAAAAAUUCAAUCAUUUACAGUUUUGAUCUGUGAAUUAUUUUCGAAGUGUUAGAAAUAAAACAUUAGAUAACAACCUUCCAAUUCACAUGAUAUAUUUCAUAAGAGUUUUGUUGAUUAUUGUGAAUAAUGAAAAGGAUAAUAGUAUGAAGUAGUAGUAAAAGAAGUAAUAGUAAUAAGGAUAAAUUUAUGAAUGCUAAUUAGUUGAUCACCAACUGUCAAACUAAUUAU